AUGUUCGAGGCAGUCUACAUCGCUGAUGGCAAAGAUUCGCUUGUUUACGAGUAUUUGGUGCUGCUGUUCUCACCCCAUUACCUACUGCUUAGCACAUUAAUUGAAUCAAUUCGUCAUGAGGAUAGCACAGAUCCACUCAAAUCGAAUGAGGCACCACUUCCGUUGAUAAAGGUUAAUGAAGAGUUCUAUAUCUGUUCCAGAAAAGUCGAAGGCUUAACAUUGUAUUUGCUCUUCCAAGCUUCAAGGAAGUGGAAAACUAACCCUCUUGCUCCAUUUUUGUUCAUCAACAGAUUGGUCGAGGCUAUGAACGAAUAUUUCGGAGCUCCCUUGACUGUGUCAAAGGUUGAUGCCAAUACCGACACACUUACAUUAUUACUAAGCGAGAUGAUCGACAAUGGUGUUCCUAACACGACAGACUCUAACCAACUACGUGAUUUAGUGCUGGUCAAGAGCCUCCUCAGCAAGAUCUUGAACUCAGGAUCUGAAUUAGCAUCAGCUGCUUCCAAAAAGACACUUCAAUCUUUCUCCAAUGCAUCUCAACCGCUGACAUCCUUGCCACUGCACUCGGAUGAAGGCGCUGCUCCUUGGCGGAGAAACAAUGUCAAGUACACUAAUAAUGAGAUGUACGUUGACUUUAUUGAGACGGUCAAUGUCAUCCUCAAACCGAAGAAGAGUAAGAAGAAAGUGGAGCUUCUAUCUUCGCAAAACUUUGAUUCCGCAUUCUACUCUACUUCGACUGUUACCUCAUCCUCGAACAGGUUAUCACCAGUAACUGGCUCGAUCAACGGCCAGCUCGACUUCUUGUGCCGUCUUUCGGGUGAACCAACUUUGCAAAUUUCCUUCAAUUCAGCGUCAUCAUAUGUCGAAGCAACUCGAUUCCAUCCUUGCAUAAACAUUGACUCGUGGCAACGAAGCAAAGACACAUUGACAUUCAUACCUCCUGAUGGGCAAUCAACUUUAAUGUCAUACCAGGUUGAUCUUGACACACUUCUGGAAAGGACAUCAUUAUCAAUGCUUGGUUUACCUGAAUUCGAUUGCCAGCUGGGCCUUGGCAUAAACGAAAAUGAGUUCGAGGUUAGGGUGAUAACCUCUAAACAUCAUGGCGUUAACAAAAUCGACAGCAUAAAGAUCGAUGUUUUCGCUUUUGAGCAAAAUUUGUCUCUUUUGGCGGGUGAGGACUUGAGUGACGAUGACGAAGCUGAUUCCAACAAUGUCGUUAGCGCCAUCAAGUCCAUUAAGGUCACACACGGUGACUUCAGAUAUAAGGGAGACGGUAAGGGUGAGUGGACAAUCAAGGAUCUUGCGCCUGGCAUGCAACCAGUCUUCCGGGGUUGUAUUUAUACUGCCGAAGAAGAUGCUAUCACAGAUUCUUCUCGAACACCAUCCUUGCACGAAAAUCUUAUCGAGGUUGCGGACGAUUCGAAUAAGGCGUCUUUGAAGAAACCUGUUGCCCCUCUUUUCUACAAUGUGUCCUUCACGUACAAAGGCGGUCUUGCCAGUGGCCUCAAGAUUGAUAAUCUCAAGGUCAUUAGCUCCAAAGGCUUGGGUGAUUCUGUCAAACCCUACAAGGGCGUAAGGUACAUCACCACCACUGGAGAUUAUGCCAUCCGCAUGUAA